GAUCAUUACCAACCUCCUGGCUGACACUCUGAACCCAUCAUGGAGUCGGGGAAGCAGCUAACAGGUACAUUGGCCCUGGCUGUGUUCACAGCAACUCUGAGCUCCCUGCAGUAUGGUUACAGUCUUGGAGUCAUCAACGCACCCCAGAAGGUCAUUGAAAAGCAUUAUGCACGUUCACUGGGGGUGUGGCCAGAGAGGGCCGCUGUCCGGUCAGAAAACAGCACGGAGCAAGAAGAGUUCUCAGGAGCUGGUCAUCCUGUCGUGGUCAUGUAUUGGUCAUUGUCGGUGGCAAUCUUCUCCAUCGGUGGCAUGCUAUCCUCCUUCAUGGUGGGAUUUGUGGGAGACAUGAGAGGAAGGGUAAAGGGCAUGUUAAUGGUCAAUGUUCUGGCUGUAGCUGCUGGACUGCUGAUGGGUCUUUGCAAGAUGUGGAAACCUCACAUCAUGGUCAUCUCCGGCCGCGCUGUUAUGGGCUUUUACUGUGGGUUGACAUCUGGGCUAGUGCCUAUGUACAUCGGAGAGAUUGCACCCAAGGCUUACAGAGGGGCUCUGGGAACAUUACACCAGCUGGCUAUUGUCACUGGCAUCCUAAUCAGCAUGGUAAUAGGCUUGGACUUCGUAUUGGGUAAUGAUAAUAUGUGGCCCCUGUUGCUUGGUCUGUCUGGAGCUCCGACAGUAUUACAAUCCCUUCUACUGCCUCUAUGCCCCGAGAGCCCACGGUACCUUUACAUUAUACAGGGCAAGGAGCAAGAGGCUCGAAUGAGUCUGCAUCGUCUAAAGGGGGCCUAUGAUCCAACUCCUGAUCUGGAAGAGAUGAGGAGAGAGAAAGAGGAGGCAGACAGGGAGCCCAGGGUCUCUAUCCUUUCUUUGAUCCGCUCCUCCGUGUACAGACAGCAGCUGUUUGUUGCCCUCAUCAUGCACCUCUCCCAACAGCUGUCUGGCAUCAAUGCGAUCUUUUAUUACUCUACGUCUAUCUUCGCUGGGGCCGGUGUCGCUCAGCCAGUCUACGCCACUAUAGGAGUCGGGGUCAUCAACACAGUCUUCACUAUGGUGUCUGUUGCGCUGGUGGACAAGGCUGGCAGGCGCACUCUGACUCUGGUCGGUCUGGGAGGGAUGUGCUGCUGUGCAGUUGCCAUGACAGUGGGCCUCAAAUUCCAGGAUGAAUUCUCAUGGAUGAGCUACGUCAGCAUGUUAGCUAUCUUCCUCUUCGUGAGCUUCUUCGAAAUAGGUCCUGGUCCCAUUCCAUGGUUCAUAGUCGCCGAACUGUUCAGUCAGGGACCUCGGCCCGCAGCCAUCGCUCUAGCUGGCUGCUGCAACUGGACCAGCAACUUCAUCAUAGCCAUGACCUUUCCAUACAUACAGAAAUGGUUGGGUUGUUAUGUGUUCAUCCUGUUUGCUGGGCUGCUUCUUGGCUUCACUGUCUUUAUUUAUUUUCGGGUCCCCGAGACCAAGGGCAAAUCUUUCGAGGAGAUUUCGGCCAUCUUCCAAAAGGGCCGGAAAAAUGUGGCACAGGGCCCCAUAGGCGCUACGGAGCUGCAGCAGCUCAAAACAUCCACAGAUGCUUGAAACAACGGCGGCGUGUAUUUGCGUGGUCAUAUUGUAUGCGUGUGCAAGGGAGUGUCCAUCUGUCAGUAUUUCAAAUGUCAAGUGUCUAUGUACAUUUAUCCUUGUAGUAUUAUAAUAAUCACUCGGUGAAGUUUUUUUUUUACACUAGAUGACAUUUUUUUCACAAUGUAAAUAUGAGAGCAAAAACCAGCAGUGACUCACAAUAUCACGUUUCUAUUAUAUGGAGUAGUGUUUACAUUUAAUCCAAAUAUAAACUUGUAUUGCAGCAUUGUGAUUUGAUAGUUAAAGUGUCCAUAACCGAUACUGGAUUAUAUGACUAUUUGUAAGUCAGAGGGGUAUCUUGUAUUGUUGAACCUACAGAGAAUUAUGACCCGAUUGCAGCUCUACUGAGCUUUAUGGCGUCUUUUAUUGUUGUGGUUUUCAGGCUUUAGUGUUUUGGUUCACCUCCACUGCUCUCAUAGCUUCGUUUUUGGCCACAGCUGGCAGAUGUUUUCAGCGAAUAAGCUCCAAAAAACCUGCUGUACACAAACCCGCUGCCCAGCACCAGACAGAAGUCAGACAAAGUUAACGAAUAGCUGGUGAGCAUAGAGGGGAAUUUAGGGGAAGUAUAGAGACCAAAGGAGCUAAAAGGAGAGUAAAUAUUGGGCUUACAUCCAUCGGGUGGCCAAAAAUACAACCCCAAAUGAAUGCUAACAUUGCCCUAUGUCUGCUGGAUUUGUAAAUAGGCGACAUUUGGCUAUCAGGUCUGUCACUGUUUUGUUCGCAGCUUGUUUUUGCUGGUUUACCAUUAAAAAUACAUUAAAAAAAUUAGAACUGUGGAAUUAGUGUGCCAGGAAAUGAAACAGAAUGCAGAACUCUAAAUAGAAGUGUUCCUCUAAUAUUACGUCUGUCAUAGCGAUAUUUGGUUACCACAUAUGGAUAUUACUCACUCCACCAGUUUUUGUCUUGAAAUAAAAUCAUAAGCCUGACGUCCCUAAAAAA